AAACAUCAAAAGGAUGAUUCCAAUGUUUGCCUGCUGUUGCACAAGUCAGUUUAAGCACACUUCACAACCGGCAAUGGGAUUAAGAGAAGCCAAACUCUAUAAUGUAAAUGGAAUUUUAUAUGAUUACACUUCACUAGUUACCAGUGCUAAAUAUUAUUCUGGUCUGCAUUCUACCUGCCAAGCAGACACUUUACUAGCGCUACAGUGUAAAUAACAGGUAUCUGCCUCAGUUCAUGAAACCUGUUGUUGGAGAACAUGUUAAAAAAACUCUUCCUGAUCCUUCCCCCACCAAACUGUCCUGACGUUUCCAAACUGCCAGGUCCUGUCCACAACAAGCUCCUGUAUGGCUUCUGCCUAAUAAAAGUACAUCUGUGAUCAGCAACAUUUCUGCCAGUGCAUUCCCUCUGUCAGCAUCUCUUGCAAUUGUCCUGUGACACUCUGGAUCGCUCACAUUUUCAGUCGCCAAAUUUUCAUCCUGACCUCCCACUGGCAUGGCCAGAUCCUUAUGGAUAUCUUGCAGGAUGCAGAGGCUCGGUACUGACAGACAUUUACCUGCCACUGCUCCUGUCUGGGCCUGACCCCCUGGCUCACAACCUCUUACUCAUUGGCUUGACCCCCAUGAUAAGAAGAUGUUUAAAUAUCCCUCACCAUGGCAAGUGCUCUUCAGUGGUAUGGAGAGAAGGGACAUGAUCUCAAAUGAGGAAAUAGCUAAAAGUCCCUACGUGAAUGACAAAAGUCAUUCUCAGACUGAGGUGCCAACAAGCAAUAUAUCUGAACUGCAUAGCACUGACUUAUCCCUAAAAGACAAAGCAGUUGGCUUACCUGAACAAGAAAGAAAUGAUUUUGAAAAUCAAGCAGUAAUUUUUCCAGACUUGCCUGGCACACAUGAUAAAGAAACAAGAUAUGAAUGUGAAUUGCAGGUGACAUGUACAGAGGAAAAGCCCAUUUGGCAAGAGAACACUAUUUUCAGUCAGGAUAUAAACUAUACAUCUAAGAUAAACGAGCAAAACACAUCUGAACCUCAAAGCAUUGAUGUUCCUGACAUGGAUAGAAUAACCAGGAGUUCCAUCUACUCAUUAUCCUCAGCAAGAGAUGCAGAAAGCGGCAAGGAAGAAGCAAGACAAGAGUCUAAUUCAACUGCUCAAGAAAGCCCUAGUGUGGAGCUGAGAAGCACAAGCAGUGAUGUAUGGGUUCCCCAUCCAGACCGAAAUAACCAGUUGCGUUUGUUGAAGGAAGAAAAACGCUUUGAUGUAAGAGCAUAUCAUUCCCAGAACAAUCCAACCAAGCUUUUUACAGAUAAUGACUCAGAGGAUGAAUAUAGCCCUCGCUCACAUGAUCUUACUCCAGAAAAAUUGCUGGAGUUUGAUGCACAGCGAAAGGACAUUAUAAAAAGACAGAGUCAACGGAAAAGCUUGGACAUGGAAGAGCUGAAAAUCUCAUUAGAUGAGACAAGGAGUUCCAUUUCAGGUGCUGACAUUAAUGGGCUGGAUAGUGGCCCCAAUACUGACCAGAUAAACUUUGAAGCUGCCAGACAACAAUUUCUGAUGUUAGAGAAGAAAAAGGAAAGCCUACCAUUUCCCAGCCCCCAACUUCAAUCCAAGCUCACCCACCUCUCCUCUCGAGUUUUGCUUGAAAAUGACAAUAGCAACCAAGGAAAGACAAGGGGCAUUCUUGGGAAAGUGAGGGACAAUGCAUCACCCAGUACUGAGAAUCAACCCAUAUCUAGCAGAAGUAGAAGUUCCAGCCAGCGCUACAAUAAUUUAUCUGGGGAGAUAUAUGCUGAUAAUGUAGACUCUAGAGCACAGGAAAAACCACAAGAAAUUUUAAGCAGAAGCUACCAAAUCACAGAGCAAGAAUCUGAGGACAUUCCAAAUCCAAGUAAUGAGACACCAAUUGAGAGGGAAAUCAGAUUGGCCAAGGAAAGGGAAGAGAAUUUGAGGAGGGAGAGAGGCAUCCAGGUUAAGACAGUAACCAAUGAGACUGUUGAAAUCCUCAAAAAUUCUGUUCUCCCUUUGACUUCAAAUGUGCCAUCUCAGAAAAAGAGCAAAGACAGAGCUCGUACUUCUAUGUUUCUACAGAGGGAAAUUGAAAAAGAGGCUCAAAGGGAAGCAGACUUGAAAAAUGAGGGAAAAGUGGCUGGGCUUUAUGAUAAGGGCAGUGCUCAGGAGAUAGAUGAGCGCAGGAAAUUAUUUGAACAGCCAGAUGAGAUCCCUGUGAAACCACAGCAUGUGACCACAAAAACAAACUUUAAGGGAACAAUAAAUAACUAUAGUACAGAAGAUGAUAUAACUCAGGUUUAUUCUGGAGAACCUAAUGUUAAAAGCAAUGGUAACAUCCAGGAUGUCCAGCAGCCAUAUAGUGUAAGAACCAACUGGAAGCCAACACCCAUGAACACAUAUAUAUAUAGAAGGCAGAGUUUAGAAAACAUAUUAGACUAUAAGGCAGCUUCAGAACCUUCCCAAGAAACUCACAUCUUACACAAAGAAAAUGUCAAUGUUAAACCUCAGAAAUCUCAUGGAGAUGAAGAUGAAAAGAAGAAACAGUUGUUUAAUGGAACAGAAGAAAAUUCAAACCCAGAAGUAAUAUACAAUGUCAGCAGGCUUAGGCCUUCUCUGUCCAAUAUUAUUGAGCAAGAGAUCCAGAAGACACUAGAGAGGGAUAGGGACCUAAAAGCGCAACAAAGGAAAAGUGAAAUGACUUCACUAACAUCACCAGUAGACAUCCAAACCACUGUUCCCUUCAAUGGCUACAACCAAUAUGAAAAAACAGUACUGAAUUCAGGCGUUUCCAAUCAGUGGUCGACUGCUCCAUACAAAGCCAACCCCUCUUAUGGAACUCCAUCAUAUAUAUUGUCAUCAGAACAAAUGUUCAAACAAAAGAGAGACCCUAAAUUUGCUGUACCAGAGUCAGAUUCAGAUAGGCUAAGAAAGCAUGGAGAAGAUAGUUGGUAUGCCGGCAUUGACCCAAGCGAUGAAGUCAACACCGAGAUUGUGGAGUCCACACGUGUAAAUCGGCACAAAAACAAAAUGGCUAUGCGUUGGGAGGCAGGAUUGUAUGCCAACCAGUCAAGUGAUUAAAUCCAGGUCGCCCCAGGCAGCUGUAUUUUAUUUAUGCAAUACCUACUAACAACUUAGCCAUCCAAAAAAGCCUUGCUGGACACACGACUAACUGUUGGGCAUGACUAUGAAGUAAGGAGAAGGAGAAUUGCCUCAAAUCCCUUGGUUUUCUUAUUGAGCCUUAUUUCCAGCUUGGACAGAAUAUAGACAACUGAAAGAACCAAAUCUUCUCUUGAUUUAUUAUACAGAUUUUUUCUUCUAAUAUGCAUACAAGGAUGAGUGGCUGUUAUUCUUGUAUUCUUGUAAAACAUGUUAUGUGUGGGUCAUAUUUACAGCAAGAGAACUGUGCUUGUCCACCAUUUAUGUAUAAUAAACUGAGCAACUUUCCUAUCACUAUCACUGCCAGUAAAUUAUACUUGAUGCUGUCUUUUAAUCUGUGACUACCAGGCAAUAUGAUUGCUCUACCAUUCCAUGGAAUUUGAAAGAAAUUUGGGAGUAGAAUAUUGGUUUCUGGCACUUUGUAACUUCUUUUUCCAGCCAGUGUCGUUGCUAGUCGAGGGGUUACACAACUUCUAUCUAAUGUAUGUGUGGGAAUCAACAGGGGUCCUGUCGCUCAAGCAACUAAGAAAACAAAUCAUGUUUGGUAAACUAAAUGAUUUAUUUACGAAACUGCUUUGCCAAUGUCAUGAAAUAAACCCACUUUAAUUCAUUGAUUUUACUACUUUACAUAACAGUAAUUAUAAGAUGCCUUAAUUAAAUAAUGGCUAUGUAAUCCCCUAUGGAGGAGUGAUAAGGUAACAGACUUGGUUCAUGAACCUACAGUAUGUAGGGUUGCUAGAAAAUUACCUGAUGUGGAAAAGGAGGGAAGCAGGCUUCACUCCAUGCUAAUUGUCUUCUAUGCUCUUAGCUAUUUAGCUUUAAAUAAAAAUAUUGAAAGGC